AUGGAAGCCUUGAUUCGAGCUCGCCAAGAGCAAUAUGGUUCAACAUCGGUGCCCUUGUAUGGCACUACGACAAGCGCAACUUCCCCGACUCUGACUACCCCGGGCUCUUCAUCAGCGGUAUCUCCCCAAUUCACGUCGGCAAGUGUGAUACAUUCCUCAUCCAGCACUCCUACCAGUACCUCAUCAACCCUGCCAUCGCACAGCAACGGAGUCAGCAAAGGCGCUCUGGCAGGGGCACUCGUUGGAUCGAUUGCCGGGACUGCUCUUCUUGCCAUCAUCGGAGCUGCGCUCUUCUUUCGAAGAAAAAGAGGCACUCCCCAGUCCAGCAGUUCUGGUGAUUCCGAUCGAGAUGGGGUAGACUUGGUCAAACCGCGGGCCAGAGUUCAAGCCCUGUCGAGUCACUCUCCCCUUUCCCCGACAGGCGGCCAAAAUUCACUCCCCGAUUUGAUUCCUUUUAUUCCCCAGCCAGCCGACGACCAAUCUGUCAGCACGCGCAUACAGACUCUCUUCGAUCACAUCGGUCUACAUGUCGACAACUACUACGUGCCUGCAAGACAUGAGAACGUAUCCCCAACCCCGGAGGAAGCUAUUCGCAUAGAAAGCUAUGCUUCUUCCUCGCUUUCCGGAUCCUUGACCACCGCUUUAGCUAGCCGUCGCGGCCGUCGACCUGUCCUCAAUCAUGUCUUGGCUCGAACCAUCUUACAAACUAUCCAGCCUGGUGGAUCUCUGUAUCCUCCGUUCAUGGAGUCUCAUGGGCUUGAGCCUCUCAGAGCCUCGACUUCAGCUCGUGACAUGUUCGCGUGGCGCAUGUUGACAGCUCGUCUCCAUCCGGAGUAUAUGGACUUGUCUUUGGCAGCUGCACAAAAUAAUAUCACUGCUCUAGCAGACAAUUUCUCAGAAGCUUUUGCAUCAUACCGAAAUCCCGAACUCUCCGACGGAGAUCGCAGGCGUCACUUGGUCAGUGUUGUCAAAGAGGCAGCUCAGCUGAGUGUAUGGCUGUUUACCCAGCCGUGCUCGUUCAACUUUAGCUGGAGUGCACCCUCUCCUGGCUCAAUUGUGAUUCUACCAGCGGUCAUAAAGACCAGUGAUGAACGGGGAGAUAUACUACCGGUGCCUCAGAAGAUGGUGGAGGAGACGAUUUCUCAGAUAUGAUUCCACAACCACGUUCGUGAUAUAAUGGAAUGCCCCCUUAAUACUCCAACUACACAAAUAAUGACCGUCUAAUUAUCAUUCCCCUUCGCCUGUCUCCAGCGUAAUAAAUCUCGCAUCUCAGUCCCAACAUCUAACCCCAGCCCUCCCCCUUCCGAAUUCUUCAUCCACGAACUCGCCUCACCACCAGUACAAGCGCCAGCGCCCAUAUCAACACACUCCCCC